AUGCAGCUUUACACAGUUCUGCAGUUCUCUUCAGCGGGCUGGGUGCUCGAAAAGAAGAACAUCGAUCAAUGCAUGGAUGACACCACUGUACCACAACUCCGAUACAUCCUGGAAAAGCAGGACACCUUUUCAACAGAUGCGAAGCUACCGCCAGAGCUAGUGCAGUUCUUUCAAAUCCCGACUUGCCUUUUUACAACUGUAUACCGACGCUCCAACGGGUUCUUCAGCUCUGUAGAGACUUUUAAUGGGGAUGGCGAGCUCCAAUCUACCUACACGUGGUUCCGCGUCCUGGUCAAGAUGGCCGCUCGAGACGCCAGCUCAAGCUACAGCUGGCACGAGAUGACCUUCUGUUCACGAGGGCUACUACAAGGCGCGCUUUCCCAGUCAGGAACAAUGCCCCCGCCUUCAGAGCCGUACUCGCUGCACAUGCCUCUCGUUGAGGCGGUCGUUGCCAUGCAGGACUUGUCCGUAUGGUCUGUACGCGACAUCGACCGCUCACUUCCAGCCCGUGUGUCCCAAGGCUUCCUGAUGAUGCAUGAGGCGGCACGUCACGCCAUCCACUCGUUCGAGACGCUCAGUGUAACAGUGGAAACGGUGGAAGCUAUGCAGAGACACGUAGUAUAUCUUGCGAGCAAGAGCAAGCAGAAGAGUGGAAAUGAGCCGGAGGCACCGUCCCAAGUGCGCACGCAUAUAGCCUUUCAAGCCAGCAUGCUUCGCAAUCUGCUCCUGCGAUCGCAAUCGAACAAGGAGCGGCUGCAGAACGAGAUCGCACUGACAUACAACAUGAUUGCCCAGCGUGACAGCCAGGUCAUGACGGGGCUUGGAGAGGCAGCGAGGCGCGACAGUGGCGCUAUGAGGACGAUUGCAGUAGUGACCAUGGCCUUUCUGCCCCCAACCUUCUUAUCAGCGAUCUUCAGCAUGAGUUUCUUCAACUACACUCCCGAACAAGGUAGUGCAGGAUGGUCUGUGUCUGGCAAGUUCUGGGUGUACUGGGUCUGUGCUUUGCCGUUAACAUGCAUAACGCUGAUGAUCUGGUACUGGCGGCAGAGACGAGUAGAAAGCUGA